AAGUGGUAAAAUAUACAGAAGGCGCAUUAAACAGCAAGCUGAAGUAGAUUUUGAUCAACUUGAAGACGAGCAGGACGUUUGCCCAGGGCCGAGCCGGAUUGUUAUGAUGCAGGCUGUCGAAGUUGAAUCAAGCACCAGAAGCGAUGAAGGAAUGCACGACUUGGGCACAGAAUCGGACUAUGGAAAUGUUCAUGCCGCAGAAGAAGGGGUUGAGCGCGAAUAUCGGAAUGCUCAUGACUGCAGCAAUCACGAGGACGUGAAUGAUUGUUUACGAGACUGGGCAGUCGAUCACGAGGAAUCCCGCGCAUCGGUUAAUGAAAUAUUAGCCAUCUUUCGCAUAAGAACGGAUUAUGAGCUGCCCAAAGAUGCGCGGACAUUGAUGAAAACCUCCACCAGCAUUGGACAAGAAAUUGAAGCGGUUGCUGGUGGAGAAUAUUGGUACAAAGGCAUAGAGAAGGUUCUACGCAACUAUUACCGAUCAGCGACACCCGAAACGGAUCGUAUUUCGGUGCAGGUGUCGGUCGACGGACUUCCUUUGCAUAAAAGUUCCUCAACACAGGUUUGGCCGAUAUUAAUGAAGAUGGAACAAAUACCAGAGGCUCCGAUUAUGAUGAUAGCUAUGUUUUGUGGAUCUUCUAAACCGAAUGACCUGGAACCCUUCUUAAGGCCGUUUGUUGUUGAAGCGAAUGAGCUGAGCCAACGAGGCAUUCAGUUUGGAGAUAGGAAUGUUCACUUCAAUAUUCGGGCAAUCAUCGCCGAUUCACCAGCUCGGGCGUUUUUAAAAGAGUUGUCUGUCGAAUUCGUCUAAUUGUUCUAGAGUCCUAAUCGUUGGCAGGACGAUCGCAGAACUUUCGUCCCGUGAUGUGCAACACCUAUGGUCUGCGAGCACCGUUUGCUGGAAUUCCUUACAUCCAUGUUGUCCACAGUUUGCGCUCGACGAUACUUCGGACGAUGUCGCAACGGGUUUAAGCGUCAAUUGGACGGGCUGUGUGGAUGGUGGACGAACAACGAUGAAUGAUGAUGGUGCAGCAGGUUUCAACAACAAUGGCUGGGUGUUGGAAGGUGAUGAAACUGCAGCGUUUACUUUCCCGAGGAUGUUAUUUCUGGAGGAUGGUUGUAGAGGCUGUGUUUUUUUAAGCGGGACAGGACGUACUAGCCGGAAUGAUGCUGGUAAACCAAGCUUGGCUAUUAUUUCCGAUGAUUGUGUCGACGAGGAAACAGGUCUGAUCUGGGGCAACGGGGCAGGACGUACUAGCCGGAAUGAUGCAGGUAGACCCAAGUUUGCAAUUAGAUUUGAUGCUUGCGUCGCCGAGGAAUGGAAUACUGUUGGAGACGGCGAUCUGAUCAUCGGAAGGUACUGAGCAGCCUGUGAAACAGGACCAGGUCUUCUCUGUGGUAGCGACACAGGAAGUACAAGACGAGCAGCACGAUUUGGUGCAGGUCCACUGGUGAUGUUUGGUGGUGCAGCGAUUGCGGUGAUGUCGGAUUCCAGCUCGUCGGGGAAGAUUAUUCUGUAAACAAACGUAAGUUAAACGUUAACAUCUUAUUUUUGUAUAUGUUUACUUAACUAUAUUUACCUUUUCGUCUUAUUUUUUUCCAUACUACGAAUUGCGAGAACACGAUACACGAAAAGAAAAUAUUCCAGAGCAACUGUACUAGUCGUUGAAUAAAACGGAUAUGAA